AGUCCUAAACAGGUUCUCUAUGCUCUAACUACAAAUACAUUCAUUUUAAUACGGACGAGGGGUGAUUGUACUGCGAAUGCCCAUUGCUCCAGAUGGAGCAGAGGCAAUCGACCCCUCACCAUCGCACUUGGUUCUGGGCUGUUCUGGCCACUUCUGUGCGGUUGGUUCCCUGCGGUUUCAACUCUGCCUCAGUGUCUCUCACACUUGGGAUGUGGUCUUAAAGACGUCGGACAGCAGAUGGCGCUGUCGCCCUGACUUCACCGGCAGGAAGCCGCGACAACAUCUGUAUAAAUUAGCUGAACAGGAACAUCGUGUGACCACUCUGAAGAAGACUGCAAGUGAGCAGUCAAACCGUCAGGGUCCUCCGUCCAUGAUGAGGAGCCACUGGUGCCUCUGCGGGUUCAGGAGCCUGAGAGGAACCUCUUCACCUGUGGAUGUGGCACAACAGAGGAGCAGCCCAGCCAGAGCACCUCCAACGACACCCCGGCCCCAGAGAGGCCCAUGUGUCAGCCCUGCAGCUCCCCACCUGCAGCGUCUGAGGAAGAGCAUGAAGAAGAACAAGCUCAAACAGCCCAAAUCGAGGCUUCCACCGUUGAGGUAACAAGUACUGUAGAAGAACAGGAAGAAACGUCUCUCCAGGACAUUAUAGCAGAAGGGGAGAACCAAGAGGGGGAGUCAUCUUAUGAGUCUCACGAGGAGAUGGUGGAGAAUGAAUUUGUUGCAUCAACUGCAGAAGAGUUUGUGGAUGAGGGGGAGAAAAGUAAAGCAGAGGAAGAGUUUUCUUAUGUUGGAGUAGAUGGUACUGAUCCCGAAGAGGAAGAACCAACAGAGGAACUGGAACUAUAUAUAGAGAAAGAAAAGGGAGAAAUUACGCUGAAGAAUGUCAUGGAGGAGGAAGUCACACCAGAGGAGGUUCCUGAUGUGGCUGCUGAAGCUACAAAGGCAGAAGAGACCAACUCUGAAACAGAAGUGAUACCAGAACAUGAAGUUGAAUAUGACACAGAUCCAGAAAUGAUGUCAGAAUCUGAAUCAAAGUAUGAUGCAGCACCAGAAACUGAAGAUUAUGAUACAGAACCAGAGAUCAUGUCAGAACCUGAAGCAGAUAAUACUGAACCAGAACCAGAACCAGAUAUCACAUCAAAACCUGAAGCAGAUGAGGAUGCUGAACCAGAACAUGAUCCAGAACCAGAAGUGACAUCAGAACCUGAAGAUGAUCGUCUUAAACCACAACCUGAUGCAGAAUAUGACGCUGAACCCGAAGUGAUAUCUGAACCUGAGAUAGUAUAUGACGCUGAAGCAGAAUAUGAUGCAGAGCCAGAAGUGACAUUAGGACCUGUAGCAGAUGAUAGUCUAGAUCCACAACGUGAAGCUGCAUAUCAAGCUGAACCAGAAGUGGUACCAGAUCCUGAAGAAGAAAGACAGGAAGUUACAAAUCACAUAGAAGUAGAGGCUAUUGUAGAGGCUGAAGCAGAGACACAGGUCAUUCCUGAAGUAGAGAUCGUUGAAGAAGUCAUACCACAGUCGGUUGAGGAAGCAACAGUGGAAGAUUUAGGAGAGGAAACAGUAGAGAAGGCUCCUAAGGUGGAGGACCCUCCUGUGGAGGUCAAGAAACCUACGGAGUCUAAGGACAAAGGAAAAAUAAGUGAGAGUCCAAGACUGAGGGACCUCUCCCACAUGGAGGACACACUGCGAUUGGCUGCUGCUGAACCCUCAGCACAGUUGACAGCCGCAGUGAAGAAGCUGCUGAACAUCUACCACACUGCCAUCCAACCAGUAGAGCAAGCCUACAAGUACAAUGAGCUCCGACAGCAUGAAGUCACAGAUGGAGAAAUAACCUCAAAGCCUAUGGUUUUGUUCCUUGGACCCUGGAGUGUGGGAAAGUCCUCCAUGAUCAACUACCUGCUGGGUCUUCAUGGCACGUCACAAGAGCUCUAUACAGGUGCUGAACCCACUACGUCUGAGUACACGGUCAUAAUGCACGGAGAGAAGUUUCGUAACAUAGAGGGCAUUGUUAUGGCGGCUGACACCUCACGAUCCUUCUCCCCCUUGGAAAAGUUCGGUCAAGGCUUCCUGGAGCGACUGGUGGGCUUUGAGAUGCCCCAUAAGCUGCUUGAGAGGGUCACUAUUGUUGAUACCCCCGGCAUCAUUGAGAACCGCAAACAGCAGGAGAGAGGGUAUCCUUACAGUGAAGUGUGCCAGUGGUUCAUUGAUCGGGCUGAUCUCAUCUUCCUGGUGUUUGACCCCACCAAACUUGAUGUUGGAGGGGAGCUUGAAAUGCUCUUCAGGCAAAUGAAGGGACGCGAGUCCCAAAUCCGCCUCAUUCUCAACAAGGCUGACAGUCUCUCCACCCAGGACCUGAUGAGGGUCUACGGAGCCCUAUUCUGGAGCAUGGCGCCCCUCAUCAAUGCCACAGAACCUCCUCGAGUGUAUGUGAGCUCCUUCUGGCCCCAGGACUAUGCUGUAGAUACUAGCCAGGACCUCUUUAUGAAGGAGGAGAUCUCUCUGCUGGAGGACCUCAACCAGGUGAUUGAGAACCAGAUAGAAAAUAAAAUUGCUUUCAUCCGUCAGCAUGGCAUCCGUGUGCGCAUCCACGCCCUCCUUGUGGACCGUUACCUCCAGACCUACUACGACAAGCUGGGAUGGUUUAAUGACCCCUAUGAGGUGUUCCACGACAUUGUCACUGACCCAGACAAGUAUUACAUCUUCAAGUCCAUUCUGGCCAAGACUAAUGUUAGCAAGUUUGACCUGCCUAGUAAGGAGGCUUAUCAGGAUUUCUUCGGCGUAAAUCCCAUGUCCAGCUUCCAGCAGCUCUCCUACCACUGCAGCUGGACCAGAGGCUGCAUGCUGGAUCGCUUAGAGAAGGCCAUCUCACAGGAGCUCCCAAAUCUACUCAUGAGUGUUAGCAAAGACACGCCUGCUCCAGCCAAACCUGCCCCGACACCUCAGACCCCACUAUCCGCCACCUGCGAGGGCUCUGGAUGUGAGGAGAAACCCAAAAAUCGUUGGAGGAAGCAGUGAGAUGGAUGGGAACAGUGCAGAAUGAGAAACCACAGAGGCAGAUGGCAGUAGCCUUAGGGCUUUUCUGCAUAUUCUAGAAACUGAACAUGGGGAGUAAAACCAAAAGGUGUACUUUGACCACUUGGGUGAAAAAACACCUAAAAAUGCAUCUUAGAACCUAUUUAUUUUGGAUUAAAUAAAUGUUUCCAAUUAUAACACUUCAAAUAGUCUUAGAAUAACAUUUAAUCAUGUUAAAUUAUAUUGAUAGAAAAGAUAAGCUAAAAUGUUGUCAACUUUACAACUGAAUGAACAAAAGUCAUGGAAAAAAUUAUUAGACCACCCUUGUUUAAUAAUGACAACAAAAAUUGCUCAUAAGAGUUUAUUUUUUUGGCAGUACAAUGCCAUAGCUUUAUCAAGACAACUAUGGCAUUGGCUAGAUAUUAACCCUUAAAUUCAACCUUAUGAGCUAUUUUUGUUGUCAUUAUAUUAUAACAAAUUAUAACAAAUGUACCUUUAGUUGUACCAGGCAUUAAAAUGACCAAGAAAAUGAAGAAGGGUGGACAAAUCUAUUGUGCUGUGUUUGCAUAGUUUUGAACUAUACAUGGGCACCAGUGUAAUGUCCUUAAAAACCAAAGGAUUACUAGAAGGUGCACCAUUCACUCAGUGGUGGUUGUUGAAGACUGUCAUCUUACACAUUUUAAUGCUUCCGUUUCCACUAUUUCUCAGUGCUGCCACACUAUAGGACUGAAAUGAUGUGUAUUGUCCCUUGAACAAUACAUUAAAGCCUUUAUUUACCAUCUGCAUGACAUAUAGUCUUCCGUGAAGGCAUUCUUUCCAUAUUUAGAUCUGUACUCCUUUUUUCUUUUCUGAGAUUUCUUUUGAGUAAAAAUGAUUACACCCUUUGGUCUGUUCCCUGUCCGAGCAUACUAAGACACCACUAUGAAUGAAAAGAUAUUUAAUUGUGUCCUCUCUUGUUUCUAAGUAUGGAUUUGAAAUAUUAAGUGCACACACGUGGAUGAUGAUAGCGCAUCAGUUUUUAUGCUAAUAAACAGUC